AUGGUCUUGCAUAUCAUCAACAGGGAGACCAAAAAUGGAGAAAGACUUAUUAUGGAAGUUGACGGCAAAGUGGCAAAAAUUAGGAAUUUAAAGGUAGACAGUCGACCAGAUGGCCUUGGGAACUCCCGGGAGAAGGUUGUAACAUUCGACUUUGAUUACUGCUACUGGUCAGUCAACCCAGAAGACCCCCAGUAUGCAUCUCAAGAUGUGGUUUUCCAGGAUUUGGGGACUGAAGUGCUGUCUGGAGCUUCCAAAGGCUACAACAUAUGCCUUUUUGCCUAUGGACAGACAGGCUCAGGGAAGACAUAUACCAUGCUUGGGACCCCAGCCUCCGUAGGGCUGACACCUCGGAUAUGUGAGAGUCUCUUCAUCAGGGAUGAAGACUAUUCAUCAUGCUCAUUGCCUUCCUCCUGUAAGAUAAAAGUAAGUUUCCUAGAAAUCUAUAAUGAACGUGUUCGGGAUCUGUUGAAGCCAUCUGAUCAGAAAAAGUCAUAUAACCUAAGGGUCAGAGAACACCCAGAGAUGGGGCCCUAUGUACAAGGUUUAUCUCAACAUGUAGUUACCAACUAUAAGCAAGUAAUUCAACUCUUGGAGGAGGGAAUAGCUAACAGAAUCACAGCAGCCACCCAUGUUCACGAGGCCAGCAGCAGAUCUCAUGCCAUCUUCACCAUCUACUACACACAGGCAAUUUUAGAGAAUAGCCUUCCCUGUGAAAUUGCUAGCAAGAUCAACCUUGUGGACCUAGCAGGCAGUGAAAGAGCAGACCCCAGUUACUGUAAAGAUCGAAUUACUGAAGGAGCCAAUAUCAACAAGUCUCUUGUGACUCUUGGAAUUGUCAUCUCUACCCUAGCCCAGAACUCUCAAAUAUUCAGCAGCUGUCAGAGCCUCAAUAGUACAGCUAGCGAUGGUGGUGAUAGUGGGAUCCCUAGCUCUCCUUCUGGGACCAGUAGUGGAGGGGAACCCUCUCGGAGACAGUCUUACAUCCCAUACCGGGACUCCGUGCUGACCUGGUUGCUGAAGGAUAGCCUAGGAGGCAACUCCAAAACCAUCAUGAUUGCCACUGUGUCUCCUGCACACACCAGCUACAGUGAAACCAUGAGCACACUGCGAUAUGCAUCCAAUGCCAAAAACAUCAUCAACAAGCCAAGGGUGAAUGAGGAUGCAAAUGUAAAGCUGAUCAGAGAACUCCGAGAAGAGAUUGAAAGAUUGAAAGCCAUGCUGUUGAGCUUUGAACUGAGGAACUUCAAUGCAUUGAAGGAUGAAAAAGAUGACAAUAUGACGGAGCUGGUUGUCCAAAAUGAGAUGAAGAUUGACCAGCUGACUAAGGACUGGAUGCAGAAGUGGAGUGACUGGAAGGCCUUGAUGGAGAACUACAGUGUGGACAUCAACAGGAGGAGGGCAGGGCUGGUCAUUGACUCAAGCCUGCCACACCUGAUGGCCUUGGAGGAUGAUGUGCUCAGCACAAGUGUUGUGCUCUAUCACCUGAAGGAAGGGACAACAAAAAUAGGAAGGAUUGAUUCAGACCAGGAACAGGAUAUCGUCCUGCAGGGCCAGUGGAUCCAAAGAGACCACUGCACCAUCACCUGUGCCUGUGGUGUAGUCAUUCUGCGGCCCAGCCAGGGAGCUCGCUGCACAGUGAAUGGCCGAGAGGUCACCACUUCCUGUCGUCUGACCCAAGGAGCUGUCAUAACUCUGGGGAAAGCACACAAGUUCCGAUUUAACCACCCAGCAGAGGCUGCAGCACUGCGGCGGCGGAGACAGGCUGGAGAGGCUAUUGGUGGCAUUGGGUCCUUGGAGUGGCUGGACUUGGAUGGAUACAUCACUGCCUCUCGAUUGGGUCUCCACCCUUUACUUUGGGAGGAAAGGAGGGUGCUGGGAGAGCAGAGUGAGAAGGACCACUUGCAACCAAAGGAUGGAGAGACAUCCCACAGGGUCCAGAUUCAGCAUCAGCAGCUCUACGUGGAGGAUUUGAGGCAGCAGAUCCUCACAGGACAGCUUAGAGCCGAGCAGGAGCUAGAAUUCGACCAGGCUCACAUCAACCAGCAAAUUGAAGACAAUCAGAAGUGGCUGCUCAGAGAAGAGACCUGGUUGGCUGGCUUGCAGCAACAACAACAAAACGUCAUAGCAGAGAAAGAACGGGAGCCCUCUCUAUCAUCCAAUGCUUGGCUUCAGGCAGAUUCUGAGACUCAACCAUCCCCCCUGGUCCAAAGCCAGAAGAAAGUGGUACAGCUGCAACUCCUUCGGAGACACGCUGUUUGGGCAGCAGAGCAGAACAUCCGGCAGAAAAAGGCCACAUUCCAGUUAGAGAGGAUCAUCAAGAAGCAGAGGCUGCUGGAAGCCCAGAAGAGCUUAGAGCAGCUCAAGGUGUUAUACUGGCUCCAGGAUGACAACACCCAGGAGGCCCCAGAUCAAGUCCCCAGCAUUGAUGUCCCAGGGCCUCGACGUAGAAGUAAAUCAACAAGUUGCAGUUCUUUGAGCCUCCAAAGGCUUUGCAGCCAGUACUUGCCCCAGCCACACAGUGUGAUCCUGCAACGGGAUCCCUGCCCCACAGCACUGCCUGUGCCUGACCCUACUCACCAAAGGCCAGAGGACACUCUGUCAGAAGAGCAUCUGCCCCACGCUGCUUCCUACCCUCUGAGGAUGAGGACUCUCAGCAGAAAUGACUUCUGUGGCCCAGGCCAGGAGCAGAUGUGCACAACCAGGGGCACCCGGGCCAUGAAAACCUCCAUUCCAUGCCCCUGCCUCACUAUGAACUCCAUGUCUCCCAGCUUCCAGGAGAUGGGGAGAAUCGGUAAGCAGCCCUAUUGGAAGAUGUCCCAGGGCUCAGCAUCUCUGAACCACCCAGCUAACAAGCUAAAGGCAAGACUUGAGCCAGAGGCCCUAACCUCCCAGAAAAGAAAAGCUAAGAGAAUAACAGGAUCUGGUUCCAUACAAGCUGAGUGGUGCAAAGAAGGGAACCUUGUCCACAGAGUUGUCAAGGGAACCGGUUGCAGUUUCCCUUAUCCUCGUGAACACAGGCAGACCUCUGGGUGUGGAAAGGCAGCCAAAACUUUCUGGGCAGAAUCAAAACCAGUAUCUCCAAACAAGGCACCAAAAAGGCAGCAGAAGGUGCUGGCAGCGAGGAUCAGAAACACUGCCAAGAAACCCCCUCAUUGGCCUCAUGGCAGCCCUUUAAAGAGACAGCACCGUGCAUGGGACCCCAAUAUCAUGGCCCCAGUCAGCAACUCCAUUCUGAUAGGAGGUCUUGAAGGAGAAAAUGACAAUGAUUUCUCUGACAUAAAUAGCGAUUACUCAGCAGAUUCUCUCUCCUGUGUUUAUGCCCAAACCCCAGUGAAGAUUCUGAAGCCAGAGGACCCAAAUGGGGAGGAACUGGAUCUCCCAGAGCCAGACAAUUCAGAAAGUGAUGACAGCCAAAUUUCUCAGGACUCACUGGUUGAGAGGGAGCACCAAUCCCCUGAAGCCCGUGCUAAGGGCAGGCAUCACAUGCAUGGCCCUCGCUACCACGGGGCCCCCAUUAGAGCGUCUGGCAGGCACUUCACCAAACCCUCAGCCUAUGGACUGCUUUUUCAGGCUCACAGGAGCUUUUCCCUGGAUAGUCUGAAUAAUGCUGUGGUAGAAUUAGGGGAAGACCAACAAGAAAAGGCUUUCCGUGGUUCACUUGAGGAGAUGCCCACGGAGACUUUUUGGCACCUGCAAAAUCCUGGUAUGUCUGUAGUGAGUGAGGAGGCAGCAGGCAAUUCAUUUUACCUCACUCCUCUCUUCCAACCCCAGGGUGGGCCGCCUGACUCAGCAGUGGAGAAAGCCAGCUCGCUCUCAGGCGUGCUGCCAUCCAGAGGGAGCCCACUAAUGUCCAUGGAUUCCUGGUUUUCUUGUGACUCUAAGAUCAACCCCAGCAACCCCCCAGGAACAGUGGGCUCUUUAUGUCCAAGUCCUGAUGUCCAGGAAUUUCAGUCCUGUGGUUGGGAGAAGCCUGAGUCCUGGCAAAAUAGGAAAGAACUAAAGCCAUCAGAUACAGAAGCUGUUCUUCCAAAUAGUUUUGGAUUACUCCAAGGCAGUGCUGAGUUAGGCUGCGGUGCAAGUGAUGGGUACACAAUCCCUACUUCUGAUACCUCCAGGCUGUCAUUCUGGGAGACUCACAGCCCGUUUCAGCCAGGGGUUGAUGGCACCUGUCAGAGAAGGGUUGUUCCAGAUACGUCCCAGGAGAGCACCUCUGAAACAUCAAAUAGCUCUAGUAUGUCUAACGUGUUAGCUGCCUCUGCUGCUUCCUUCACGCAUGUAGGCAGUGCCUGUGAUAGGGACUGGUCUGCCCUUCAGCAAAAGUACCUUCUUGAACUGUCUCAUCCCGUUUUGGAAGCCGUAGUAGAGCCUACUCUAGCUUUCCCUUGCCUUGAGGAAGACUCCCAUGCCCUGACCCAAGCUACUGCCAGAGGAGGAGAAUCUCUAUUGCCAGCUGGUCCUGGGGUAUCCAGCAGUCUGGAUUUCAACAGUUCUAUCCAUCUAUCCAAAAGUAGGUGUUUGAGAGCAGAGAAAGAACAGGAUGGUUUGGGUGUCAAGUUAGAAGAUACAACAAAUUUCUGUAGAGCGAGUGAGAACAAGGUGAGUUAUAAUGAAACUUCUUCAACAGAAUCAUUGACUUCUAGAACUACAAAUGUACCUGUUUUUUCAGUAGAGAGCAAAGUACCAAAUUUGAUGGUAGAAACAUGUGAAGUCAAACAGAACAACUUGAAAAUGUACUGUCAGGAUAGCAGGAAACCGGGGUUGAUGCCUUCCUCUGAGGAGUCUUUCUUCCUAAAGAACACUUAUCACAGUAAUGGCAGCAUCGCCACCAAAGACCAUUGGCCCCAAUGUGGAUCAUCUCUCAGGAAAACUAGUGAAAACCGACCAGGACGACCACAGCACAACAGCCGCUGUCCCCUGCAGAAGGACAAAGGAGAUUGCCAGAGGAGCUCCAAAGACAGGGAUUUUUCCAUUGACUUUCUGUCAGAUCCAGAGCUAUGCCCGCACUCUGCUCCUGGAGAUCCAGUUUCAUCUUCCCUCCAGCCACCUCCCUUAGAAACCUUCUAUGUGACCAAAAGCAGGGAUGCUCUGACAGAAACCGCAUUAGAGAUUCCAGCUUGCAGAAAAGCACGGGUGCCUGCUCCACCCGUCAGGGAAGCCUGGGGUACUGGUCCUGACCACCAAGUUCUCUGCACUUCUUAUGUGAAGAAUAAUUUGCCAAUGCCUUUGCAGGACCAGAGCUCUAAGAUUGCCAGCUCUCAGCAGAUUGCAGUGGAGAGGCCAGUUGAUCUCAACACAAGGGAAGGGGGGAAAGAAAGCUAUAAAACAGUUUCUUUUUCUGUUGUUCCACACAGACAUCUUUUCUCUUCUACUAGCUCAAAAGUAUAUGAAUUCGAAAAUCAAGUGGAAAUUGUGAACAAAUGCAGUCUUCUAGCAUGCAAGGAGAAAAGAGAGGCCACUACUGAGGCUCAAUGCAACGUUUCUUCAGACAGUUCUGUUUCUGGGAAACCUCUCCUUGUCUGUGAAUCUGGAGAAGAAUCACAGGAUCAGAAUGCAGUCCUCAGACAGAGCCAGGCCUUUGCUAUGAACAGACAGCUUUACACUGGACCUAGGUCUGAUUUCAUCUGUGAAACCAUCAAUUUAGGCCUGGAAAACAACAUGCUAGAAGAAAUGACCAUUUCCUUGAAGUCCAGGUCAGUAGAUCACAGUGCCAGCAGCUCAGUGAUAGCGGCCCAAGAGGAGAUCCAUACCCACAGGUGGGAAGGAAAGAAUGAAACUAUGCUGCUUAGAAAAGCUCGCCAUCCUCAGUACAGCUCAGAUGAGCUUAAGCUGCUAGGGGCCGACUCUGUGUAUGAAAGAUUCCAGACAGUGCCAUCCUCUCAUGGAAGAAAGCCCAGUGACUGCAAGCAACCUGAAAAGUCACAAGAAAGGGCAACGGAGGAAACUUCUGGCAAAAAGCAGAAUAAAAGCAUUAAUAAUGAUGAUGAAAUGGCAAGGCUAAUUAGGAGUGUAGUGCAGCUGGAACAUAGCGUCUUAGAAAUGGAAUCCAAGCUGACUAAGCAGCUACAUCGUCCCCGCAUAACAGGAGUCAGUGAGGAGAUUGUGUUUCUGGACGAGGAGAAGGCUGGCUGUGUCCUGAGGCCAGGCAGCCCUGCAGAACACGUGUCCUUCCGAGACUCAAUAUCUUAUACAAAGCAGCAAGGUGAUGUUAUCUUAAGGGAUAGUAGAGUUGGAGAAAUGAAGGAGUUUAGCAGCUGGAUGGGGAAAGAGCCCCAGGUGCAGAGGCCUUUCACAACAACAGGGUGUGUAGAAGAGAUUCUGUUUGUGAGAGAACCCUCUUACCCAGAUGUAUUCAGUAGAUCUGCCAGGGGCACGUGGGAUUAUACAGGGACAGACACAGCUCACAGAGAGUCCUCUAAAAGAGGAAUGACAGCAUCGACCAGAGCCCAACCAUUGCAGCCCAGACAAGAGAGGUCUUCCACCAGUGAGGGUGAACUGUUAAAUGCAUCAGCUAGCCCCAGGGGGCAGCCUCAUGACACAAGAAGGCCUGAGGAAUUAGAGACUGUAAAAGAUUUCCAGAAAAGCAAAGUUGGCAAACACAUAAGCAGUUCCAUGCAAAAGGGGCUAAAAGUUCAACGCAGAAUUGAAGAAAUGAUUAUGCAAAUGAGAGGGAGCCUAGAGGAAGACACCAAAAUGAUCUCAUCAGUUCAGAAACUUGCUAGUCCAAGGCUGCUUUGUAUGAGCAGAUUUUUCAGCCAAGAGACCAUGUGCCCAGUGAUAAGCCAGACAGACUCUGCUACCACAUCAUCUCACCAAGACUUGACCAACACCUUGCCCUUGAAUUCUCCAAGCUUACCAAGGAACUGUUUCCGUACACCUGACACUGCAGGAAUCUUUUCAGUUGACUAUAUGCUGGAUCCCACAGUAUUUAAAAUUCGCGACAGCCCCUUGGUAGCUAGAAGAGAGCAUGAGGACCAGAAUGGAGACAUCCGAGGACAUGUUAGAGGGAUCACCUCUGUAACACACACUGCUUGGUGUGAACCUGCAGUGUCCAUGAUGUUAGACACUCCUGGUCAGUCUCGUGCAACAGAGAAUGUUUCUCUUUGGGAAGAGGGCAGGAUGGCAGCAAACACGACCCCUCAAGACCGGGGAAGUGGCCUCAUAAACACCUUCAUGGACCUGAAUGCCAGGGAGAGUUUUGCUCUUGAAACAGGGGCUAUACAGAAGGAAAUAAAAAGAACCAGUUCCCAGAACUCUAGUCACUUUGAAAAGACUAUCAAUAGCCCCUUAGAAGAAAGUGACUUUCAAGUCAAGGAGAUGAAGCAGAAGACAGGGAAUGAUGCCUUCUCAGUACCUGCUUCCCUCACAAAUGUACCCCCCAGUCCAGAGUCCACAAAGUGGGAGCCCUCUGCCCAUGCAUCCUUCUGCCUGGCUCUGUUGGAGGAGGUCAGACAGGCAAAGGCCCAGGGAAAACAGCUGACUGACUGUGUGGCUAAGAGGACAGUUUUCCCUUCCCAAAAAACAUUACCAGAACUUGAAUGUUCUUCUGAAGUCUCUGGGAGGCCUCAGAAUAAACAAGUAGGACAGUCAGUGUCAGACAGAACCAGAAAAGAGGGUGAAGCACAAGGAUUUCAUAGGCCAGCUCAGUCAGCUGAAUUGGGAUGUUUGCUGACUAAUGAGAAGACAGUGCUUCAGGCCACACCCCUCUCUGCAGAGAGCUCCCAACCUCUGUCCAACUUGGAAAAUCACAGUGGAGCCCUGCUCCCCUCACUGCCUGCUACUCCUGCUCUAGGCAACAGCCAUUGCCCUGGAGAGCCGAGACCCUGCCUAGGAGUAAGUGAACAGUUUAAAUGUCACUCUGGCUCUUCUGAAAUCCCAGAAAAAAUGGAAGAAGCAACCAGAAAAUUCUCCCUUCCUGGUCCUUUGGGCUCAGAUUGUCUUCUUUCUUCCUCAGCUGUAGAGGAGGACAGGAGGGUGGAAUUGGAGAAAGCAGUCCCUGCCUUAUCUUCUCAGGUCCCCUCUGACAACCCUGGGGUGACUCAGGAUGCACCCUGUUGGCUAGCUGUGAGUGAGACUGUUGCUGACUUGCUCCCUGAGUCUCAGGAGAGCCACCCAGAACCUCAGGAACCUAGGAGUCUAGACUCUACAUAUGGAGGCGGUUCAGGGAACUUCUUGGUAACUACACAGGCAGGAAAACCAACCUAUUUUGAAAGACACUGUGUGCCCUAUGAUGCUCGGAGUUCUACAGAUCUCUCUGUGGGGCCUGAGCAAGACUAUGCCCAAAGCCUUGAGGCUUCCACAGACUUAGAAGAUGGGAAGGUGAACCUGAAAACCUCAGGUUCCCUCAGGCCUGGAGCCCUGAGAAGGGCUAAACUUGAAGAUCCCUCCCAGCAGUGUGCAAACCAGAAGGGGAGUGUUCGGUCUUGGCCAGCAGAAACCUGUACGUUUGGCAGCCGGUAUCUAAAGCCAAGUUCAUCACCAAUACCACAACCUAAUCCAGCUCCUGGGGUCAUUGAGGAGAAGGUCCUGUCUAAAUGCCCAAAGGGAGCUUUGGACUGCAUUGUCUCUGCGAGCAUUGAAGGCAACAGGACUCCCAGCCCUUAUAGAGGGCAUGAAGAGAGCAGACCUCUUCUUUCCCUAGGACUCUGCGGUUUGCCGCCUGUCUCUUCUCAUGCCAGUUCUCUCCAUUCCUCCACUUUGCUGGGGUAUGGAAGUGGUGACCCGGAGAAGGCUGCUCCAAACACUGUCCCCCUACCCUGCAUAGUUCCUUCCAGGACCUGCGGCAUGGACGAGAGAGGGGCAGGCUGUUCCCUGGAACCGGAUGUGCUCUUGGCACAUGGCCUGAAGCCCAAAGACAACAGUGUGGAGUUAGGGGCAGCAGGUGGCCGCACUCAAGAGCCCUCAGCAACAGCUGCUGUCUUUCCCCUGACUCAAAGCUGCACUUCUGCCUUUGCCCCCGAUAAGGAAAUACAUCCCCUCGCUCACUCAACUGCUGAUGGAAGCUCAAGUUCAGCAGAGGAGGCAGAAAGAAAGUCUGUUGAGAAGAAAGGCAGAAGAUACUAUGAGACUCUCUUACCCAUAGGUAUGUGUGCUGAGCCACCAAGGAAACAUCACAACAGCUGUGCAGGGGGCCAAAACUCACAGACAGUUCAUAUGAAGCGAAACUCACCUGCAACAAGUGGAGGGUUUAAUACCCGCAAUUCACAUGAAGAGUCUGCUUUGAACAUUCUGCAGGAACCACAACAUGGAUACUUGGAAAAUACCCCCAGGUACCUUCCAGAAAAGCAGCAGGAGCCCACUGAGUUCAGGAACCACAGCAGCUUGGAUUUCCAAAGCAAGUUUGUAGCAAGUUUAAAGCACUUCCAGAGCACCCGAGUUGACAGUCCUUGGGAGGAAGAAGAGCAGCAAAGAGACGAAGCUUCAGGUGAUGGUAAAAACCCUGCCCCUUCAGAUGCAGAUGGCUUGGACAGUCAGAGCAGACAUCCUUCCACCAACGAGGAGGCUGUGUCUAAGCCUGAGAGGGUUUCCUCAGACAUGGAAGACUUUGUCUCUGUCCAUUUUGGGCCAAGUGGGCCACAGCCUCCUGGCCAGAGGCUGGACCAGCGCAGCUCUGGCAGGGAGCAGUCUUCCCAUGGCCAGGAUUCAGUUCCCGUGAUUGCAAUUUUCUCUGGUCCCAAGCACUCUCUGAGAACACCCCCUCGGCCGCUGUUCUCUGUUGUCAGCUCUUCCCGAUCUCUUCAGGAGCUAAACUUGAGUGUGGAGCCUCCUCCCACAGAUAAGGAUAUACUGGGGCCUAACCGAUUGUGGAACCCACAUCUCAAUGACUGCUGUUCAGGAGAGCUGGCAGCGAGAAAUGAUCUAGAAGCUAAGGGAAGCUGCAUUCAGAAAGCCUCACCUAAUUGGGACAGCAGGAAGGCUGGUCAUGGGCCAAUGAAACCUGCCACCUUGCCUUAUCCUGCAUCUCCAGCUCUCUCAUACAUGCCAGGCCCAGAUUGUGUGCCUGGUACUCAGGAUGUGGCCCAGGAGGGAAGGUCGGAGAGACUGGGGCCAGAGGAGUGGUUUUCUGGCACAGACAGAAAGAUGUUGCACUUUGACUUGAGGGGCAUUAAUCCUUCCACUCUGCCCUGGCGUACAGGGGGCCCUGGGUGCAUCAGCUGGAAGCAGUAUGUGUUUGACAGUGCAGUUGAUGGGCGCUGCAGCCAGACAGCUACAGGUGUGAUCCCAUCAAAUGUGGCCCUUUGUUCCAGCAUAGACCAUGGCCUAGAAGACCAGCGGUACCCCUUCCCCUUGCACCUCAGUGCCCGUGCCAAUGCCUGGGAUCUGUCAAGAACACACAGCAGCACUGAGAAUGCUUGUGCUUCAGAUGAAGCUAUGGAAAUAUGGGGUUCCUCAUUUGCCUUAGGGUACUCCCACCCCAAUAUAGGCACUGAAAGAGGAGAAAAGAGGUUCCAGCUUAAGGAUGCCUCUGAUGAAGCAAGCAUAAAGAGCAAGGCCCCCUUGUUGGAAGGAGAUGCUGCAGGUCCAGUGGAUGAAAUUCUACUGCUAUAUCCUUCCGCUACAGACAGUACCCUGGGGCAAGCCAAGAGGUGCACCAUUGAGCAGGGCACACAGACCCUCAGCUGCAGGCCCCACUGGAGCUGCACGGAUGUUGCCUCUGGUGCUCCAGAGCUCAGUGCUGCCUCAGUGUGUCAUCUAGCCUCGUGGACCAGCAUGCACAGCCUUUCUCUCCACCUUUCACAGCUCCUGCACAGUACCUCAGAGCUGCUGGAAAGUCUCUCCCAGCCAAAUGCAGCUGAAAAGGAGCAGAAAACCAGGGAGCAGUCCCCAGGAGCAGCCCCACAACUCCUCAGGACAGAUGGCUGUACUCAGACUGCUGUAGAUAAGGGCAGCCAGACUGACCUGUGUUCGCAACCUCUGCUCCUCCGUGCACUGGAGGCCAACCCUCAAGAAGUCAAUGUGAUUCUUGAGAUGCUGGACUCAGAGACUUUGACCAUGUCUCAAGAAAAGGGAUUUGUCUCGGUGGCACUUGAGAAGAAAAGGAUCAAAGAAACAGCAAGGUCCCCAGAUCUUCAGGAAGAAAAUAUUCACUGCAGGUCUCAGAGGCCUUCAUCCCAUUUGAAGUUUCAGAAAGACUCCCUUGGGCAGGAGCUGCCUUCUGUGAGCACCCAGUAUUCCCUAAAUAUGUCCGUACCUCCCAGCUCCCAGCAGGACACAUGUUCAUGCCUGGGUGUCAGCAGCCCCGGCCUCACUCCCUCCCAAGAGCCUGUUACUACUGCUGCAGAGUCAGUGGAGGAGCCUAGGCUCCAGAAGGAGCAGCCAGGCCUCAUGAGCACCUUGGUGGUUGAUAGGGCUUCCUCCCCAAUCCUCACACUGAGUCCCAAACAGCACUCUCAGCCGCUCCGUCCCAACAGCACCCAGAGAGUGGCCACCUGUUUACAAAGCAGUGGAACACUGCCGUCUCCAAUGCUGAGGAGUAGAGACUGGGAGCUGGCCAAGAGCUUGGUGCCUGAAGGGAUGGUUUCCCCCAAGUGUGACCCACAGAGUGAUAGGAGUGGAUGGCCAAGCAGGACAGAAAAUGGAGGUAAGAGUUCAAGUCCAGUAGAGUCACAGCCCAUGCUGGAUGUCUCCUCUCCUUGGAGAGACCUCAGGCACCCCAGUCCCUGCCCAGUCUCUGGACUGACCAACACCACAGGACUCAGAGAUUCUGCUCUGGGUCCAGCUGGGGCCUGCCAGCCUGAGGAGCUGCUGAGCUCCACUCCCCAGAAGUGUAUGGCUCCUGAGUCUGCCUACCACAGCCUGAGAGAUCUCCCGGUGCACAACAAAUCCAGGAACUGGUGUGGGGUUCAGGAUGACUGUCCGGCAGGGCUGGGUGUGGCUGAAAUGUUGGGGACCAGAUGUGACCUCCACCCUGGAGGACAGGGAGAGAAGCUGUCUCGUUCUGAGGGUCAGAGCCAAACUCCCAAGAGGCCUCAGUGUGAGCAGAUCCCCUUGCAAGUUGGGAGCCAGAACCUCACACUCAGCAUGGAACUCACAGAAGCGAAACUGUACCAUGGGUUCGGAGAGACGGAUGCCCUCCUGCAGAUGCUGCAGAGCGGGACCGGGGAGGCACUAGCUGCCGAGGAGCCUGAGCUCUCCACCACGGAGCCCGUGCCCCCCACCUGGGAGGAGCUCUAUGUCAGGCAAAAAAAAGCCAUCGAGACCCUGUGGAGAGACCGGGCUGAGCGACGGAAGACCUUCAGCCAGAGGAGAAGUCCCAGCCCCCAGAAGCAGCUAUCCCUCCUGCCCAACAUGGAUUUUCCCAAGAGGGCCCUUAACUUACCCAGCCGGCGCCGAGAGUACCUGCAGCAGCUGAGGAAGGAUGUUGUGGAGACCACAAGGCAAGAUCCUGAAGGCUUCUCUCCACCCUCUGUCCACAGGCGCUCGGAGUCUGCCCACCUUCCCUCUGACAUUGAGCUGAUGCUGAGAGACUAUCAGCAGGCCCGGGAGGAGGCCAAGAUGGAGAUCGCUCAGGCGCGGAACAGGCUGCGGGAGCGCACUGAACGGGAGAAGCUGAAGAUCCGCCAACAGAUUGUCUCCCAGCUGCUGAGGGAAAAGGAAAAACUACACACUCUGGCCAACUCCAGUCCCUUGUGCACAAGCUCCAGUGGAAGUCUCUCCUCUGCUGUCACCUCUGGCUACAAUAGCAUCCCAGCCUUGUUUGGCCAGCUCCAGUCCCCAGACAGCCUGGGGGAUACAAACUUGUCUGAUUCACGAGACACCUGGAUAGGAGAUAGCUGGGGCCAUUCUGAAGUGAGGCAGAAUCGCCUCUAUCGAAACAGAGCCUCCACAGGCAGUUGCUCCUGCUCCCCAUCCAGCUUGUCCAGCACAGGGACCUGCUUCUCUUCCUCCUACCAGGACCUGGCCAAGCACAUUGUGCACGUUUCCAUGGCAGAUGUGAUGGCUGCUUGUUCUGAUAAUCUGCACAACCUCUUCAUGGGCCAGGCAGCAGCUGGCUGGACCUAUCAGGGUGAGGAGCAGCAGGUGCAACUUUACUACAAGGUGUUUUCUUCUACUCGGCAUGGCUUCCUGGGGGCAGGUGUGGUGCCCCAGCCACUGGCUCAGGUGUGGACGGCUGUGAGCGACCCCACCCUGUGGCCCCUGUAUCACAAGCCCAUCCAGACAGCACGGCUACAUCAGCGGGUGACCAGCACCAUCAGCCUGGUGUACCUGGUGUGCAGCACCACCCUGUGUGCACUGAAGCAGCCACGAGAUUUCUGUUGUGUCUGUGUGGAAGCUAAAGAGGGCCAGAUGUCUAUCAUGGCAGCUCAGUCUGUGUAUGACACAUCUAUGCCUCGGCCGAGCAGGGAAAUGGUUCGGGGGGAGAUCCUGCCCAGUGCCUGGAUCCUGCAGCCUCUCACCGUGGAAGGGAAAGAGAUGACCAGAGUCAUCUACUUGGCCCAGGUAGAACUUGGUGCUCCAGGCUUCCCUCCUCAGCUCCUGAACUCCUUUAUCAAACAGCAGCCACUAGUUAUAGCUAGACUGGAGUCUUUCCUCAGUAGUUAG